AUGUCAAAUCGCAAUCGCAGCAGUGGCGAGGCCCUUCCCGGACUUGGGAAUAUACAGGGCCAAGAUAUCCAGACCCCGGCGAGAGGCGAAAACAAUAACCGUAACAAUGUUACUAACCGCCGCCGCCGUCGCAAUAACCGCAGCCGCAGUGGCGAUAACUAUCCUACUAUUGAGCAAGUUGAGAGCGAUGCCGAACCGGAAGGCCAAAAUAAUCGGCGUAACAACGCUGAUAACCGCCACCACCGCAAUAACUCCUACAUCAGUGACGAUAUGCCUCCUGGUAUUGAGCGCGUUGGAAGCGAUACCGAAGAGCAAGACAAUAAUAUCCCAGUUUACGAAGGGGAUUUAUCCGAUGAGAACGGGGAUGCAGAUUUCUUCCUUCAACCUAUGUGGUCAACGCCGGAGCUGCUGGAUCAUACUGCGGAAACAUCUGGGUUACCGAUGGAAGGAAGCGUCCUUGCUUGGCGCGGAAAUGGCCCCGGGAAAUCAGUGAUAGUCGGAUAUGCGUGUGGCGGGUUCGCAACUGCACGGUUAAUUCCAGCGGCGCGGCGUCUCAUUCCCUCUCGAGCACCUAAUAUCUCGGAACAAAGUCUUGGCCGCCGAAGAGACUAUAUCCGGACCGAACGAGAUAUUGAAGGUUGGGGAAUAGUCGCCUGGCGAGUGGAUAAGAAGUCAGUCGACCAGGACCCAAUAUCAUUGUUAAAACCGAUGGACAGAGCAUGGUAUCCUGAGACAUAUGUCUAUAUUCAUUGGUAUGGUGGAGAAGCAAGUUGGGAAUCGCGGCUUAAUCUUCGAUUCGUUCAUGCUGGCGAUGAGCUGAAGACAGACAUGUUAAUCUACAAUGUGGCGAAGGAGCAAGAGGCUAAUUACUAUGAGGCACUCACAGGGGUGAGGCCGGAGUAUCCCCCGGCGAAUACUCAUAUGAAAAACAACCACUGGAGGAAUGUGAAUGCAUACCGAGGUGCAUACUGGUCUCAGCCACGUGCUGAGAAAAACAGGCGGAUAACUAGAGUCGAAUAUGAACCAGUUAUCCCGAACUCUGAAGAAAUUGAUGAGGGUAUAGGCAUGAGCAAUGGUGGUAGCUUCCAAGAAGCCAAUGAAGAAACUCAAGAGGGAUACUAUGAUGUUGAGGGAGGACAGGAAGUUCAGGACGAAAGGGAACAACAAGGAGAUGAUAUGGAAAGUUUUGAGGAAGUUCAGUUUCAGCGUGAUUUAAGCCCCAUCGAGGAGGAAGGUCCCAUCGGGGAGGAAGGUCCCGUCGAGGAGGAAGGUCCCAUCGAGGAGGAAGGUAGUGUUUCUGAGGGCGGAUCCGUCUUUACGCCUAACGGUAGCCCUAGCCGAGUUCGGUGGCAUGGUCAAACACAGCAGAGAUACGGUAUAUUUACUCCAAGAGCAACCAGAUCGCCUAGCUCUGGUUAUAUACCUCAGGGGGGUAGAGAUCAGGCCCGGGGAAUACCGGAAACGCCAAAUAACCGGGGUAUACUCAACCGGGGAAAUCAACAAUGGAUACCACCACGGGGUAACCAGCAGCGACAGACACCACAGUCUAGCCAGAGUAGUCAGCAAUGGCAGACACCACAGUCCAGUCAGGGUAGCCAGCAGCGACAGACACCGCAGUCUAACCGCUCCAACCGCUCUAACCAGCCGGGCAAUCAACAACGGACACCACAGUCCACCCAGGGUACUCAGCAGCGACAGACACCGCAGUCUAACCAGGGUAGACAGCAGCGACAGACACCACAGUCCAGCCAGGGUACUCAGCAGCGACAGACACCACAGUCCAACCAGGGUACUCAGCAGCGACAGACACCGCAGUCUAACCGCUCCAACCGCUCCAACCAGCCGGGCAAUCAACAACGGACACCACAGUCCAACCAGGGUAGUCAGCAGCGACAGACACCACAGUCCAACCAGGGUAGACAGCAGCGACAGACACCACAGUCCAGCCAGGGUACUCAGCAGCGACAGACACCACAGUCCAACCAGGGUAGACAGCAGCGACAGACACCACAGUCCAACCAGGGUACUCAGCAGCGACAGACACCACAGUCCAACCAGGGUAGUCAGCAGCGACAGACACCACAGUCCAUCCAGGGUAGCCAGCAGCGACAGACACCGCAGUCCAGCCAGGGUACUCAGCAGCGACAGACACCACAGUCUAACCGCUCCAACCGCUCUAACCAGCCGGGCAAUCAACAACGGACACCACAGUCCAACCAGGGUAGUCAGCAGCGACAGACACCACAGUCCAACCAGGGUAGACAGCAGCGACAGACACCACAGUCCAGCCAGGGUACUCAGCAGCGACAGACACCACAGUCCAACCAGGGUACUCAGCAGCGACAGACACCACAGUCCAACCAGGGUACUCAGCAGCGACAGACACCACAGUCCAACCAGGGUAGUCAGCAGCGACAGACACCGCAGUCCAGCCAGGGUACUCAGCAGCGACAGACACCACAGUCCAUCCAGGGUAGCCAGCAGCGACAGACACCGCAGUCUAACCGCUCCAACCGCUCUAACCAACCGGGCAAUCAACAACGGACACCACCGCCCAACCAGGGUAGUCAGCAGCGACCGACACCGCAGUCUAACCGCUCCAACCACAUUGACCAUCGCAGUACGGAAUCAAUCACGGCCAUACCUGUGAACAACCCUCGUCCGACCCAGGUGCAACGCGGUCGAGGCCGCCCCCACCCCCCAAACCGUACCAUACCACGACGUAGCGCUCGACUUAUAGGGCGGCCUUAA